CCCAACUCAAGAUACCACUUUUUCUCUCAACUAUCCAUCCAUUCAUUCAGAUUAUAACCACUAAAACUCCUAUCUAUAUAUAUAUAAUGCAGCAUCCACUAUUAUUAAAGUAGAUGAACAGUAGCAGCACUAAAUGGGCUAAGAUGAAGAUGAAGAUGAAGAUGAAGGAGGGCAAAUUCGUCAAAUUCAUGAGAUUGCCCCUCAAACUUCUCGCCAGGGCCCGGGACUUGUACGUCGGCAGCCUCACGGGCUGCGCCGGCCACGUGGCGUACGGAAACGCCGUCAUUGGAUGCCCCGCCCCGCACUUCUCCACCCUCCCCCGGGCCCGGAGCUUCAGCGCCUCCUCCAGAGACGACGACGAUCUCAGGGAGCUCAUCAGAAUCGCAUCCGCCCGGAACCUCGCCGGAAAAUUUGAGGCUGAGAUUUUCCGGGAGAAGGAACCGCCGUUGAGGCCCGGGAUGCCUCGCAGCCGUACGAUCGUGAUCGGACGGAUCGACGAGGAGAGGGUCUGUGAGUUUGGGGAAAACGACGUCGUAACCAGGAGUCGCAGCUACGCGGCUUCCAGGACCGGGUCCGGACCGGUCCGGUCUGCAUUAUUCGGGAAUUAACGCUUUUAUUAAUUAAUUUAUUAUUAUUAUAUAUAUAUAAAAGGAUGAUCAUGGAUUUGGUUUUGGUUUUUAUUGCACUAUUGACUUUGUGUAAGUUAUGGUUUUGGUUUUGGUUUGAUUUUAUUGUUAAAUUGUUCACAUGGAAGAUUUUUGCUAAUUUGGUGAGUGUAUUUUAUGGACAUUAGAGAAAUUUGUAUGGUGUUUUCCCACGGACAAUACCUAAUUACCUAUUUAAAGUUAAUUCCAAUCUUCUUAUAAUAAUCUAACACAUGAAAGUUUGUAAAUGAA